AUGGCUGACAGCGGGAUCGAGCCGGUGCACGGAAAACAUGAGCCGGCCACCUUGGUGCAGCCACCACCAGCAUACGUCGUGCAGCCAACACCAGCAGGCGCCGUCUAUCCUGCUGCUGGGGGCUAUCCCCCGCCCCAGCCAGGCUAUCAAGGUGGCUACGCUCCACCACCGCCAGGCUAUCCCCCAGCCGGCUACAGUCAGCCACAGGGUGGCUAUCCUCCUGGAGCAUACCCACCACCUCAACCUGGCUACGUUGCUGGACAACCGUGUCCCGGAGUCGUGAACUUCCAUGAAGCUGCUACAAAAUCUUUAAAUUGCCAUCUGAGACAUUUAUUUAUAGGACGAGGGGUUCAAAGUCGACUAUCAGAGGAUGCAGGGGUGACAGCUAUAACAGGAGAGGUUGGGAUGCUUGCACUUCUCAAUGACUCAUCAGAAGACGUUAGAGAUCCAGGUAUUUUAUUCCGGGCCUGUGCCGAUUGGUGA